UCCUGUGGGCGACGGUGUCGCGGAAUGUGGUGUCGAUUUCGGAAUAUAGGACCAAGCUUCUUUUUUUUUGAUUUAUUGUGAUUUUCCUUCUCAGGUGUUUAGCGCUCCGUUUGCUGGAGCGUUUCCGGCGUCACCAUGGAUAUGCAGAGUAUUCGGGAGUGGUUUGUGGAGCACAAAUUGCGUGCAGUUGGCACUCUUUGGGCGUCCUCAUUACUAGGCUCAUUUGCUUACAACUUCGCUCAGCCGGGUGUGAAGAUGAGUGUGAAAUUGAUACACGCCAGGCUACACGCGCAAUUUUUGACCUUAGCAGCACUUGCAGGGAGUGCUGCUGUUGAGGCUUAUGAUCAGCAAGUGGGAGAGAAAGCCAAGCGUUACGAGAAACAUAUUCAGACUAAUGUUAAUUAAAUCUAGUUGAAGGGAAUUGUCAGUAUUUCAUGACAGCCCUAAGUUUUGUGGUGCUCAUUGCCUCUGUAUUUCAAAAUGAUCUCACGCAUGAAAGUCGUAGUUUAAUCGACCAGAAUCUACGCAUUGAUGAUAAUGCUGUCGGGCAGACACUAUAGUUUUCUUCAUCUUCGCGCUUUGAGAGUAUUGUACAUUCUUCAAGCUAUUCUAGGUUAAGUUCUUAUGCGUAUCCUGGAUCGACCGCUCAAAAUUCGAACUCUCAGCUUUUUUUUGCUGGGAUGUUUAUUUCGAUUCUUUCCCAUUCAUAAAGGUGUCAAGCAUAUCAGUUGUAAUGUUUUCUCUAGCUUGCACUGGUAUCUUUGACUUGAGCUGCUUCAUUUGAAUCGCCGUAACCCAAUAAAAUUAUAUCAUUUCUUAUGAAA